UCCACAAGAGAAUAUUUGAAAUGAGUCCCAUUAUCUGACUCAAUUCUUUCCAAGGUGCCAUGUCGCCACAGGAUUUGACUCUCGAUACCUAAUAUGGUGCUACAGCAGUAGAAUGGGGUACUGAGUAUGUUACAAGCCACCCAGCGGUCACCUCCACCAUGGUGAGCACAUAACGCUCACCAUUGCGAGAUCGUGGCAAGGUGAUAUAAUCAACCUGCCAUGCCUCCCCAUAUUUGUACUUUUGCCAUCGCCCUUCCCCCCAGAGAGGUUUCAUACUCUUGGCUUGUUUAAUUGUGGUGCAUGUGUCACAGUCCUGAAGGAUUAGUGCAAUAGCAUCCAUAGUUAAGUCCACCCCUCGGUCUCUAGCCCAUUUGUAUGUUGCAUCUCUCCCUUGAUGACCUGAGGUCUCAUGGGCCCACCGAGCUAGAAAUAAUUCAGCCUUGUUCUGCCAGUCCAGGUCUAUUUGAGCCACCUCAAUUCUGGCAGCUCGGUCUACCUGAUGGUUAUUUUGCUGUUCUUCACGCUCCAAGUGCGACGUUUCUCUCCAGCAGCAGUGUAGAGGAUGUUCUUCACAUCCUGCUCCAUCUGUACUGGCCCCAGGGCUACAGCACAGGCUAUCUCCUGUUUAAUCUGCUCAAAAGCCUGCUGCUGCUCAGGACCCCACACAAAAUGCAAGUGAUCUUCUCUUCUAUCCCUUCAGUGGCGGGGAAGGACUCUGAAAGGAUCAGAAAGGCCCUCCUCAUCAAUAAAUGGCUUAGAGGAUGGUGCAGGCAGAAGAACUUUGGUUUUUUUGAUCAUGGGGCAAUUUACUCAGCUCCUGGCAUGACGGCUGCAGAUGGAGCUCAACUGUCUACAAGGGGUAAAAGGAUCCUAGCCCAGGAGCUGGCAGGCCUCAUUGAAAGAUCUUUAAACUAGGUAAGAAGGGGGAAGGGGACAAAAUGAGCACUGCUGAGGUUCAGGUAGUUCAAGGCUCAAAAGUGAAUUUGAUGGGUGACGAGGGUGGAGUUCGAAGGGAUGGAGUGUGGCAGGGGAAUGCUGCCUCCCUGAAGUGUCUAUACACUAAUGCGCGCAGUGUGGGAAAUAAACAGGAAGAGUUGGAGAUCUGCGUGCGGUCACAUGGCUAUGAUCUCAUUGCGAUCACAGAGACGUGGUGGGACAGCUCACAUGACUGGAAUGUUGUCAUGGAGGGCUAUGUGCUUUUUAGGAAAGAUCGGCCGGCAAGGCGGGGUGGUGGAGUUGCUCUUUAUGUAAGAGAGCAGCUUGAAUGUAUUGAACUCCACCUGGGGGAGAGUGGUGUAGCAGUGGAGAGCUUGUGGGUAAGAAUCAAGGGGCGGGCUGGUAUGGCUGACACCGUUGUGGGUGUGUGCUACAGGCCCCCUGAUCAGGAGGAGGAGGUUGAUGAGGCCUUCCACAAACAGUUGGAAGCAGCGUCACGAUCCCAGGCGCUGGUGCUUAUGGGGGACUUCAAUCAUCCAGAUAUUUGCUGGAAAAGCAAUGUGGCCAGGCAUGCGCGGUCCAGACGGUUCCUGCAAUGUGUUGAAGACAACUUCCUGAUGCAGGUGGUUGAGGAAUCGACGAGGAGAGGGGUACUGCUGGACCUUAUUCUCACUAAUAGAGAAGGGCUCGUCAGGGAAGUAAAGGUCGGGGGCAGCUUGGGUUGUAGUGACCACGAGAUGGUGAAGUUCAAGACCCUGAGUGGAAGAAGUAAAGCAAAAAGUAGGAUUGCUACCCUGGACUUUAGGAGAGCCAACUUCGAUCUCUUCCGGGACCUACUUGGAGCUAUCUCAUGGGCUAGGGUGUUGGAAGGCAAGGGGGCCUGUGAGAGCUGGUCGGCAUUUAAGCAGCUCUUCUUCCAAGCUCAGGAUCGGUGCGUCCCUGUGAGGAAGAAAUGGGGAAAGGGUGGCAGGAGACCUGUGUGGAUGAGCAAGGAGCUCGUGCACAAACUCAAAGGAAAGAAGAAGGCCCAUGAAAUGUGGAAAAAGGGUCUGACUACUUGGGAAGAAUACAGGAAUGUUGUCAGGGUCUGCAGGGAUGCGACAAGGAAGGCUAAAGCCUGCCUGGAAUUAAAUCUGGCAAAGGGGAUAAAGGAUAAUAAAAAAGGUUUUUUCAAGUACAUUAACAGUAAAAGGAAGACUAGGGAGAAUGUGGCUCCCCUGCUAAGUGACGGGGGUGUUCUGGUAACGGGGGAUGCUGAGAAGGCGGAGAUACUGAAUGCCUUCUUUGCUUCUGUCUUCAGUGAAAAAGCUCCCCCUCGGGAAUCUGAGACCCUGGAGAUUAGUGAGAGGAUCUGGGGAAUGGAAGACCCCCCCUUCUGUCAGGGAAGAGGAGGUCCGGGAGCGCCUAGGCAACAUCAGUGUUCAGAAAUCCAUGGGACCCGAUGGGAUUCAGCCACGGGUACUGAAGGAGCUGGCAGAGGUGAUUGCUGAACCGCUUUCUGUCACCUUUGAGAAGUCUUGGAAGACGGGGAAGGUGCCUGAAGACUGGAAGAUAGCCAACAUCACCCCGGUCUUCAAAAAAGGCAAGAAGGAAGACCCAGGCAAUUAUA